AUGCGCGCCCUCUCUCCUUCGCCGCCUCGAGUUGUUGGUGUAUGGCUGCACCGACUUCACUUUCCCGAAGGUGCUUCUACACCGCAGCCCCUACGAGGGGAUGCUGCUGAACUUACUGAAAGUGAGCAUAAGCGGAGGGCAAGCCUGAGGGCCUUACUGCAGAAAGCAGUGCUGGGACAGGAUGUGUCGGCUGAAGCCGGAAGUCGCUCCUUAGCAAGGUAUCCUGAAGGCGAAGCCCUAACCUUAAACGAGACUCACAUCAACUACACAGUGGAGGGCGGCUCGAUCCCAUUGAUUCCAUUGCUCUUAGCAGAUGUUGUUGACGAGCCUGUGAGGAAGAGACCAGCGUUCGGUCGUACUGAACAUGCAACCCACAUCGUAUUGGUUGCGCCGCGAGCGCAUGCAGAGCUAUCAGAGGAUCCUGAAAGUAGCUCUCAGAUUUGGCUGUUGUGUGUCGGCCGGUGUGCCGACCAGGAGUUGAUCCACUUCCUUUUCAGCCUUGGAAGACGCGGGGCCUUGCGAUGGGACGUGAAACAGAGCUAUAGCAUUUCCAGGAAAGUCUGCGGGAUUGGUGGUCAGGGCGCUGUCUUCACCGGUGCUGCACGCAGCCCUACGAAAGAUGUGCAUCUCAUCAUCAAGGAGGACAAACCAAUGCUAAAUGUCGAAAACCUUCACAACUUUGAUAUGGUGGCGGUGAAGGUGUGGAAUUCCAACAAUACCACCGCGCUGCGGUCGGAAGUCGGCUUGCUACAGAAAAUGUGUGGGCAUCCCAACAUCAGCGCCUUUUUGGGCGUGUUCUGCGAGCUGGGCGAUGAGAGCAUGGCGCAGAAAACGCAGUGGGUCACAGUUGUUGAGCUUUGCCCUGGUGGAGAUUUGUUUGAAUUGGUAUCUGAUAUCGCAAUCCAACAAGAGAAUGCGAUGCAGAUCAUGAUCGGAAUCUUUUCAGCCUUGGUCUACCUGCAUGCCAGCAAGAUUGCUCAUCGAGAUGUCAAAGCAGAGAAUGUGGUCCUUCGCGGAGAACGGGCUGUGCUGAUUGAUUUUGGAAUUGCCUGUCGGAUUGACGACGUGGAGGCGAUGACGAAGCGUGUCGGAUCGCCUGGCUAUGUCGCGCCAGAGAUCAUCAUGAGCAAGCGAUACAACGAGAAGGUUGAUGUCUUUUCCGCUGGUGUGAUUCUUUACUUCAUGUUGCGCAGCAAGCUUCCCUUCUCUGCAGAUUCUCAAGAUGCUAUUCUGGAGAAAACCGUUAGAUGCGAGGUGUCAUACUCAUCUGAUCGCUUUCUUCACGUAUCUUCUGGCCUCAUGGACAUUAUGAAGUUGACAAUCAACAAGGAUGUUAACAGCAGACCUGGCGCACUUGAGUGCUUUUACAAAGUCUAUGCCAUGGCGAGAAAAGAAGUGAGGACUUCGGAGGCUUUCCGGUUUGCAAAGUUGGGUUUGGCCCUGUUGGGUGACAUUCAGGCUGACAGAGAAAGCCAUCGCUCACGGCGAGCAACGCAACCAACACACUCAGCGCCACUAGAUCCCUCGUUCAUGACAAAGACAUCCUCAGCGCCUUCACCGCCUUCAGCAUCUUCAGAUUCUCAACAUUUACUUGCACCACCUGGUCGUGAUCAGCGACCUUCAAGCGCAUCGACGCCACGCUCGGAUCCUCCCGAGACAGAGACCUUGUCCCUGAAUGCCUUCGAACCAAGCAGUACGGAUUUGGCUGAUGCACUGCCACCUGAGCGACAAAGGUCAUCGUCUUCAGCUGGCAGCGUUUGGCAGCUUAUCCAAGGGAUCCAGGAGAUACCUACUGCAGCCAUGCGGCGUUUCCGCAAGAUAUCGGGUAGCUCUUCCUUCAGCGCGGUGCGGCAGAUUUGCAAUGUGGCUGGCGACCUCCCCAGGGUCAUUGGAAUGACACCAGACAACUCGGUGUCGGCCGGUGAAUUCACCUCCAUAGCAGAAGAUGAAGGUCAACAACCUAUCCGGUCUGAUACACUGCAGUUAUCGGCUGCAGAUCCAGGCCCAGCUUCAUCAGCCCCACAAUCACCAGCUGCAGCACCUGCACCGCCUCCAUCAGUGGGACAACCGGUGCCAAAACACCGUCAGAAAUUGAGUUUUAAGCUGACAAUGCCGCGAUUAGUGUCACCAGGGGCCUUUAGACGUACCACGAGCGGGCCUCCGACCAUCCUUCGAGAGAAACUGUCUGAGUCAGUUGAAUAA